CUUAUUUUUAUAUACUUUUAUGGUUCCGCCUGAUAUGAACAUUCAGUCGAUCAUGGUAGUCUAAGACUAAUAGACUCCCAACAUGGCGUUAAAAAUAUUUUAUUUAUUAUCAAUUUUAUUUGUUGUGGUGUCUAGUGAACCAUUUAGGUUUGACAAUUACACUCUCUACAAAGUCUUGCCCAAAAGUCUAGAAGAUGUCACAGCUCUUCAAGAAUUCCAAAAUGCUGCACCUGAAUUCGAUUUUUUUGAUGAUCCAGUCCCGACUGCUGAUUACGUGAAUAUUGUGUCUAAGCCUGAACUGAAAAAAGAUCUGGAAGAAUUUUUGAAGUCUAACGGAAUUGAUUUUGUGAUAACACAGGAAAAUAUUCAAGAACUAAUCGACAAUGAGAAGAAGAAGACCUACACAAGAAGCAACAUAAGAACAAUGGAAUUUGACAACUACUACACUUUAGAAGACAUCUACGCGUGGCUAGAAGACUUAGCAGCUAGAUUCCCUGAAACUAUCUCCAUUAUAAUAGGAGGAUCAACGUAUGAAGGUCGAGAGAUUAAAGGCAUCAAGAUCUCCCAUGGUCCUGGCAGGAGAGCAGUUUUCAUCGAAAGUGGAAUUCACGCCAGAGAGUGGAUUGCACCAGCUACAACUAACUUUAUUAUCAAUGAGCUUGUGUUCAGUGACGAUGAGGAGACAAAGGCAGCUGCACGUGAUUUUGAUUGGUACAUCUUCCCUGUGACUAAUCCUGAUGGAUAUAUUUGGAGCCACGUUGGUUUCCGACUAUGGCGCAAAAACCGACGUCCUUUUGGAAACGAAUUCGGCGUUGAUCUCAACAGGAAUUGGAACGAUAACUGGCUAAAGGAAAGCAUCAGCUUAAAUCCAAGCUCCAACGUCUUUGCUGGUCCAGGUCCUUUCUCAGAAGUUGAAACCAGGACUUUAUCUACCUACAUCAUUAAUAUGGCCGAUAAAAUUGACCUCUAUCUGUCCUUUCACUCCUCUGGUCAAAUUCUUCUUCUGCCUUUUGGAAACACUACAGAACCUUUGGCUAAUUAUUAUGAUGCUAUGAAAAUUGGAAGGCGAGCUAUGGGAGCACUGGCUUUCAGAUAUGGUACUCCUUACACCAUUGGCAAUAUCGCUGAAGCUAUUUACUUUGCCACAGGAACAAGCGUGGACUGGGUAAAGGAACGUCUAAAAAUCCCUCUAGCUUACUGCUAUGAACUUCGUGACAGAGGAACUUAUGGCCACCUUCUUCCACCAGAUCAGAUCUUGCCAACUGGUGAAGAAACAAUGGAUUCUCUUAUAGAAAUAUUGUUCCAAGCUAAAAGAUUUGGAUAUAUGCGAGGACCAGAAUAAACAGAAUUCCAAAGAGUUACACUUAACAUACAAUAAGUUUCAUGUAUUGAAUUAAUGCCUAAUAAAUAUAAUUUACUACCAA